AUGGAGACGGAUUUGCUGGAGUUGAGGCACCGUAGUUCUGAGGUGGGGGUGCAGAACUUCGUGCGGCGUUUUGAUGGGAAGCGGAGUCUUGCGACGCCUGUGAGUUGUCGUUUGAAGCGUGUGGCGGAGGGUCGGAACGUGAAUCCCCGGAUGGUGUGGUUUGAGUCGGAGGGUCUCGGCGACCCGCAUGUGGUGUUGGACAAGGCGAUGGCGCGUCUGUGUCAGUUCGGUGUCGUGUGUCACGUGCCGCCGUCAUUGUUCAUUGCGCUACAUGUGAAGCUGAAGGAAUUGAAGUCGCUAAAAUACUCCUACCACCAGUCGCAAGGUUACGUCUCUGAAGAGCACCUCAAGGUGUAUCAUGACUUCGCUAAUCACAUGAUCAACAUCAUACGAGACGCGCUCGCCGACCGACAUGCCGCACGACUUGAGGACCGGCCCAGGUUUGAAGACGCAAAACAUGAAGAAGACUCCAGAUUUGCAGACCCCACCCUGGAGCUGAUGUGCUGCCUCUUCGGGGAACUCUGUAACGCCGUCCCCUCCUUCGGUCUCUUUUGCUUACCUGCAAUAACCCGACCGAAGAGCCCCGCCGCUAGCCCCUUACCACCCGAAAGGAAGACGUCUGAACCUCCGCCCGGGUCAAGACUGGAAGGAGGAAAACGACUGGAAGGAGGAACACGACUGGAAGGAGGAACACGACUGGAAGGAGGAACACGACUGGAAGGGGGAACACGACUGGAAGGGGGAGACGGUAGGGUGGACAAAGAGAGAAUGGUCGGCACUGAGGGUGGCUACGAUUUGGAGAAGAAGCGGUCGCGACAUGUAUCGAACGUGUCGGAGACAAGGUUGGCGAAUGCGGAAGACUUGGUGAAAGACUCCUCCAGUUUGACGAAAGGGUCUCCCUUGGUUGGUUGGAUAAGACGCAUGAUCGGGGCCUGUGGUUGUCGAGCAUGGGACUGGAGUUCUGGACGAGGGUGCGGAAGGGUCAAACAUGAGCUCCCGGUACAUGCAAGAGAGAAGCAAAAGUGGCGAUGCCUUUGCUUCCUUUUACGGUCGUUGGCGGCAGCGUUGAUGACCCACGUCUUGUUCGUAGGCCGAGUUACGACGGAUGGCGAACUUUUGCGCAAGGAACCUUACCUGCAAUUCUUAGAGGCAGUGGCUGCGCCGCUGCUGGGCUACAGACGUCUUCUGCACCUCCAUCAGGUUGACCCCCAUUUCCAAGACCUGACGGAGACCCUAAAUACUCUUAUCAGACUGCUUGCUGAAGACGUUUGGAGGGAUCGAUUCCGACAUCCGUUAAUAAACAAUGUAUCAGAGCAAGGACAACCUCAUAUAAAGGCCGAGCUGAUUAGUGUACACAUCCUCAUUAAUCUUAUAACGCAACUCACAAUUAAAGAGCUGAAAGGUUCGCUAGACUUCGUAAAAAACAUCCCCCUCGAAGAGCACCCUCAGAAUUGCCAUUCAUCUACCCGGCAAGGCUUGAGGCAAGGCAUGGCACAAGACACGGAGCAAGGCUCAGUACAAGACUCGGAGCGGGUACAAGACUCGGAGCGGUUACAAGACUCGGAGCGGGUACAAGACUCGGAGCGGGUACAAGACUCGGGUCGAGACUGUCUACCAGGGGGCCGUAUCUGGAAGGAGAACAGCAGGCAACCAGAGGGCGACGUUGCAAUGAAGACGGGUGACGGGGGUGCUAAUGAAUUAAAGAAGGUCAACGCCGAACCCGCCUUGAUUACUUAUGAAACGAAAGAGGCCAUCUGCAGGAUUUGUAGUGCUGACAUAGGCCAAAAAAUAUGUGUCGAACGUGUGUGCUUGCUGCUUAGAUCCUUCUUGUCGAUAAGCAAUCUAACAACAAACCCAGGUUCUUAUGAAAAAUAUUGGUGGAGGGCGCCGGAGGUGUCGCUAAAGGAAUUGGACUACAGCUUGUACCUCUAUGACGAGGCUGAAAGCUAUCGAUUCUGCGAUUCUACGUCCGGAAUUAGGAUUCCGGAGUUGAUCGCCAUAACGCAGACCGGGAAGAAAGUUGCCAAAACCUCAACUCAAUAUAAGCCAAUAACAAUGAAUAUUCUCCUCAGAAAUAUAAUUACUAGUCAGCCGAACGGAACGAGCGGUUACCAUUCACUGCUUCUACGUUUGAUCGAGGUGGUCCUCACCGGGGAUCCACACUGCGGCCGCAAGCUUCAUCAUCUCAACUAUAUACAUCACAUGCUGCAGGAAGCAGAGCAUUCCGCGGGUUAA